AUGCCAUCGAGCGAUUACGGUAGCAUGGGCGAGAACAACAUUCUCCCAUUAGGCAGAUCCGUCUACCCAGAUGCCGUCAACAUCGAGUUUAAAGGCGUAUACAGUGGACGUAAGCCGCUUUGCCUCAACAUGUUCGGCGAGAUUCUUGAGAAGUGCAAAUGCAGAAAGUGUUCGUCGCCGCAAGUUCCUUCUAUGGACGGCAAGUUUUGCCAGGAUAACUGUGCUGAUGGUCAUGAGAAGAACGACAAAGGCGGCUGUUGUCCAAUAGGCAUGAAGGCAAACCAAGUUGGAAAUGGAUGCGAGUGCCCUGAAGGAAGAAAAUCGAAACCUGGAGGAAUCGGUUGCGACGAUGAUACCAGCAGUAGUCGCAAGGGUAAUUGCCCCGAUGGACAAGUCCUCGAUCCAAAAGAAGGCAACAAACCCGACGACCCGAAUCCGAAAUGCCAAAUAGAUGACGAAAAAGAUUGCAAGAAGCCCAAGAUUCCAGCUACACGUACUGAAGGAUACGAAACAGACAUUUCCUAUAAGCCGGACUGCGGAGAACCAAAAAAUGAGAACGAGCGGCCGAGGUGCAAAGCCAAAACGCAUUAUACUUAUACGUGGGUUGACACAGACGGAGUGGCACAUGAAGAAUGUCAAAAGACUAAACGAUUUCAAGAGCACAAGAGAAGCAGAGUGAAAGAGCUGAGUGCAAACUUCAAAGAGAAGUGGUACAAACAGAAGCCACAGCGGGAGCAACAGAAGAAGGACAGGGCCGACAAGCUGUCUAAGCUUAAAGAGCACAGGGACAAGCUUCAGAAGGAGAUGGAGGAGAGAGACAAACUGAAAGAACAAAACGACAAAAAGAAAGCACGGAUGGGAAAGUGCUCCACCGUUACGGCGCUGAUCAUGGGUGUCGCCCAAAACACGGCUCAGAAACGGGACGAAGAUCAUCCCUACGAUAUGACGUCCAAUUUUUUUGACGAGGAAUUCUUCACUUCCGAUGAUCGCCUGGCAGACUGGCCAAAUGACGUUGACAUCGACACUGUCGCUUGUGUCUCGGACAAGUGCGUAGAUGCAGAGGCGUACAUGAAGUACUGGGAGGAGACUGCGCAGAGCCAUGACUUGAAAAACUGGCCUACGUGUGGUCAAAUCUCAGGCAGAAAUUUGAACGCACGGUGCCGGAAACGGUCAGCAUUUGAGCUGGCAAACAAUAUCUCAUCGCUAUCCGUCACUGUCGGGCUUUAUGCAACCAUGAGCGCUAGCGAACUGAAUGAAAUCGAAGAACGGAACCCAGUCGUUGCUUUUCAAAUCCUCCUCGAGAUCGGUCUCUUUGGCACUCGUUUGGGUAUGUCGCUCAUCGCACGUACCGCAACGAGUGUUGCAAGAUGGGCGCCGAGAUUGGCGAAUAUCGCGAAGAAUACGGAUCGACUGUUCAAACUCGCUCCGAAAGGACAAGGGACACCCAAAGGCCUAGAAGGGAUGAAAGAAGGAUUCAGGAGGAUUGUGCAAAACCCAGCUUUCAAGCAGUGCUUGAAAGAUGGGGUACCUUGA